AUAGACAGCAUAUUUUAAAAGAAAGGAUAAACGAUUAUUAUUGUCACGCUUAGGAUAUUAUGAGAUACGCAAAAACGUCUUCAGAUUUAUAGCUUAAGCAUUGUGACGUAACAGUUGGUUUGUCAUUGGUUACAGAAAUGAUUGACAGUAAUAGAAGGACGUUUGCUACUGAACUGUGAUGUGUCGAGUAUCUUACUACUAUACCAUGUAGAAAAUGUAAAACAGAUAGGAUGCUAGAACGCGACCAUCAAGUGAAAUUAAAGCGGCCAAAUGUAUAUCCUUAUGCAAGACAUAAAUGGGUUAAUGACUUAAUUGCGAAAGUACAAGCUAAAAAGAAAGAAGCAGUAUGCAAGGAAGGACAAAAAGACAGAAAGAACAGGCUGCCUUUCAUCACUGGAGAACACACAGUCAAGAACAGAUAUCCAAGUUCGAAGUGGCAAACAGAAAACCAGGUUCGAUACAAAGUACUCGACUUCUCCCGUACCCCUCGAGACAGUCAGCCGUUCCUUGUCACCACUCUAGAUGACAGAUAUCAUAAUCCACAUUCAAAACAGAUAUUUCACAUCAAAAGAAUUAACAAUAAGCCUGUGUGCAGUGUUAAUACAUGGAGUAACUAUCCAAAUGAAAUGGAAAAGAAGACACAAAAUAAAACUAUUUAUAAUUCAUCUUUUGAACAACGAACUCCUGAUGUCAGAGUCUUGAUCAAAAACCAAGAUAAACAUGUUUUGGCACAAGGAAUCGUUCCCUUUGAUCAACCUGAAGACAAGUACGAUGUGAAGGAAGAAAUGUUUCUACCCAUCUGUGAUACCACAAGAAUACCAUCAGCGCCGAAUCCUCACAGAUAUUUGUUAAGGAAGAAAAAGAUACCAGCUCCACAUCAGCCCAUGGGAAUAUUUUACCCUGAGAGUCCACAGCCAGAUCUACCACCCGAAAGACCACAAACACAAUGUGACAAAGUCAGUAUCUCCACGCUAUGUGGUCAAGAAUUUACUAGAAGGAAAUAUAUUCCACAACCAAGGGGGAAUUUUGUGCCAGGUGCAUUUGAUGGUGGUGCACCACAGAUACAGACACAAAAGUUCAAUGAAAGGUUUCUACCACUGGUGCGAGUUGGGCCUAUUAUUUGAUGUCAUUUGCACAGAUUUUAUUACAUUUCUUAUUUAAAUAAUCAUAGGAACAUAUUUUUUAUUUGUAUAU